AUGGAUGAUAUCAUAUGGGGAACUACUAAGGAAGAACAUGAUUCUCAUCUCAGAAAAGUUCUAGAAGAUACUCAACAAGCCAACUUGAAGCCAAACAAAGACAAAUGCCAAUUAGGAGUAAAAGAGCUGAAGUUCGUUGGAGACAUCAUCAGCGAUGAAGGGGUAAUACCUGAUCCCAUGAAGAUAUCGGCAAUAGAAAACUUGAAUAAACCGCAAAACAUAAAAGAUGUGCAGAGGUUUCUAGGUAUGGUAAAUUACAUGGGAAAGUUUAUACCCAAUCUGUCAGAGAAAAUAGCACCUCUGAGAUGGUUACUAGAAAAGAAGAAUGAGAUAUCAUCUGAUGCAUCACAAAAUGGAAUAGGAGCAGUUCUACUACAAGACUAUGAUAGCACCUGGCAACCAGUAGCAUAUGCUUCCCGUUCCAUGUCUGUUGCUGAAACUAGAUAUGCUCAGAUAGAGAAAGAACUUCUUAGUAUCUUGUUUGCAUGCAACAGAUUUAAUCAAUUUAUUUCAGGACAAUCAGUUAACAUGGAUACUGAUACCAUUGUUCACAAAGUCACUCAAUGA